AUGGCUGGCAGGGUACGGCAGCCCGUCGACGAGGCGGCGCUCGAGAGGUACAUCUCGGAUAAUGUGCCAGCUAUCAAGACGCCGAUUGAUCUGAAGCAGUUCGGCUUUGGUCAAUCCAACCCCACGUACCAGAUCACGGCCGCUGAUGGUCAGCGCUUCGUGAUGCGAAAGAAGCCUCCUGGAAAGCUCCUCUCCAAGACGGCGCACAAGGUUGAGCGUGAAUAUCGCAUCAUGCACGCUCUUGAGCACACUGACCUUCCGGUGCCCAAGACGUACUGCCUGUGCGAGGAUGACUCGGUCAUCGGCACCCCGUUCUACAUCAUGGAGUUUCUCGACGGGCGCAUCUUUGAGGACUUUACCAUGCCGGGUAUCGAGCCCGCUGAGCGUGAGGCCAUGUGGCGCGACGCUGUGGUGACGCUCGCGCGCUUCCACGCCGUCGAUUUUCAAAAGGUUGGUCUGGAGAAGUUUGGCAGGGCAUCAGGGUUCUACCCUCGACAGAUCAACACGUGGGUCACCAUCUGCGGGAGCCAGGAGAAGGCCGUGGACGUGGAGACGAAGGAGGCGGUUGGAAGGCUUCCCAACUUUGACGAGACGGUGCGCUUCUUCAAGAAUGAGCGACUGCAGCCCAAGGACCGGGCGACUCUUGUGCAUGGCGACUACAAGAUCGACAACCUGGUGUUUCACAAGACGGAGCCGAGAGUCAUUGGCAUUCUAGACUGGGAGAUGUCCACGAUCGGGCAUCCUCUAUCCGACGUGUGCAACUUCUUGACCAACUUCUACACUUCCAAAUACCCGGGAACCACGCCCUACGACGUGUCCAAGUUCCUCCCCGGACGGACGCCGGGCCUGCCGCAGCCGGAGCAGAUCCUGGAGUGGUACACGGCGGAGAGCGGGUACGACCCCCGAGCCGAGGUGCCAUGGGGCAUGGCCUUUAGCAUCUGGAAGCUGGCGGGUGUGUGCCAGGGGAUCGCGGCGCGGUACGCGGCGAGGCAGGCGAGCAGCGAAAAGGCCAAGCAGUACUCGAUGACCAGGGGACCGCUGGCAAAGGUCGCUUGGGAGUUGGCCAAGGAGGCUGGGGCUGGCAAGGAGGCAAAGCUAUCUAUGCGCAUGAAAGAGAUGGUGAUUGCCGGCCCGUCAAUGGCUGGCAACAUCCGCCGGCGCAUCACGCUGCCGGACCCCGGAUUCGAUCCGAGAGCGGACGAGAGGCGUCCUCUGCUGGGCACCCGCCUCAGCACGGGCGGCGUCGAGAACGCCGAGGCCGUCUACAGCUGCAUGACGGAUCCUCACAGCCACUUGCCCGUGUACACCAACAUCCACCGCAUCCGUCGCGACAUUAUCAGCGUGGUUGAGGACUAUCUGAGCCUGGAGCAGCUGCAGGACCUGAGGAUCAACGUCACGGUUGUGAGGCCGCUGGUGGACAAGUUCUAUGGCCUGAAUGACAUUUCUAUCAUCUACUGUCUGCUGGUCAACCGUGCUCAGUUUCUCGAUGAGCAGUCUCAUCUCAACAACAGACACAAUGUCAAUUUUACGCGCGCCACCCUGUGCGAGCUCAUCGCGACACGCAUCCUCCGUCGCUUCGGCGAGGCUCACGGCGGCCACGAAGGCCUCCUCCUGCUGGCCCACAUCCUCGUCGCCGGCUUCGAACCCUUCCAGAACGCCCCUGAUGAGAUCCGCGCCGAGGCGGAGCGCAUCACCACCUGGGUUCACCACAAGACCCUGCCGUCUCUCGAGAUUGCCAUUGUGACUGAGAGCAAGCACUUUUUGAGCUCUGCUACUUGCCAAAAGGUUGUCAAUGCCAUCUACGAGGGCCGUAUCGUCUAUACUCCUUCAACUUUCUGGGACAUAAUCCCCGAUCACUACAAGCUGAAGCCUAUAUCCAUCUACGAGCCUCGCGAGUCACCUCUUCUCAACCAGUACCGGCUCAUUGUUCCUCGCACCCGGAACAUUCUCGAGUCUCUCCAAUUCGCAGUGCUACUCGCUCUGUAUUUUAGCGUCAUGAUUCUAAGGAGCCAGGGCUUACACAAUGGCGUCGAGGUUGCCUUUGCCAUCUUUGCUUUUGGAUGGGGUCUGGACCAGUUUGCUACCAUCCUAGCACACGGAUGGAGCGUGUAUACCCAGAACCUCUGGUCAUUUCUCGAUGUCGCCUUUGUACUUAUCUAUUGGGUAUACCUCGUCUUGCGCAUCUACGGAUGGCGUGUUGGUGAUACAAACAUGAUUGAGCAAGCAUACGAUGUGCUGGCGCUCGCAGCCCCUGUGCUGGUUCCGCGGUUGGCGUUCAACCUGCUUAGCGACAACUUGGUCUUUUUGUCAUUGAGGUCGAUGAUGGCUGAUUUCUUCUUUCUGACGGCGCUGUCAGCUUGGUGUUUCCUGGGCUUCUUGCUGUCGCUUCUCUGGCUCGGCGAGGGAGCUCACCCCAUAGUGACCAUCUCGAAAUGGAUGAUCUACAUCUGGUUUGGGCUUGACGGUACAGGCAUCCAACGAUCGACCGAGUUUCACUGGCUAUUAGGACCGAGUGUCAUGGUGGCCUUUGCUUUCCUGGGUAACACACUGUUCCUCACAAUCCUGGUGUCCAUGUUGUCCAACACCUUUAGCAACAUCUCAUCCAACGCCCUACAAGAGAUCAACUUUCGACGAGCAGUUCUCACCCUCGAGGGCGUCAAGGCUGACGCCGUCUUUGCGUACCAGCCCCCGUUCAACAUUCUCGCAGUGUUUCUGUUCAUCCCCCUCAAGUUCAUCGUCAACCCCCGGUGGUUCCACAAGAUCCACGUCGCGGCUGUCAAAACCCUCAACUUCCCGGUACUUAUCCUCAUCGCCGUUGCCGAGCGUCGCCUGCUCUGGCCUUCUCGGGUUGUCGAGGACCCUACCGAGGUCAAGGUUCCACCGCCGACCAAGAGUCGGUUUUGGAAGAAGUGGCGGUUGACCGUCCACCGAGAUCUGCGUGCCGUGUUCCAGGUUCCACCACCGGAUACGGUGCACGACGAUAUCGCCGUCGACGACGACUUGACACAUCAUCUUAUUCGAAGACAGUUUACGCGGAAUGCGACAGCUGAGCUCGACCAUAACCGCCCGAACGAUCCUAGUGUUCGACGUCCGUCCCGACGUGACUCCAUGUUCCCGGGCAUCCCACAGAAGCUUCGAGGGUCAUUUUCUGACGCCGAUGUUCUAGAGGGAACGGCGGAGAGGCUCGCAAACAUGGAAAGGGCCAUGCGCAGAAUGGAAACCAUGCUCUCACGGCUCGUCCCAUCCAGCGAGGAAGCAAUUGAAGACGAUAGUAACGAUGCGGAGCUAGACGAGAGCGGUACACUUAGAGACGACAACACGGCAGCAUCUUCAUUCAGGGGCUUGAUGGAUCGGGUUUCAUAA